AGGCCUGAGCGAGAGAAGGGAGUGUUUCCCGUCAGACACAGACGUUUUACUAGUCCUAAUAUUUUCUGUCAGAACUUGAGUAAUAAUAUUUCAGACAGGCCGAUUCUACCACCGGGGUCAACACUAUUUUGGACCAAGGAAUAAGUCCAGUUUUCUCAUUCCGGUUGUUAUUUUUCUUCUCGUCCGACGACAGCGGGCUAGCCUCAUUAGCUAAGUUAGCUCGCUAGCCGGAGUACGGGGAGUUUAUAAUGCCCACGCUGCGGGACAGCACCAUGUCCCACCCCGGAGAAAACCCGCACCAGGUCCGGGUAAAAGCUUACUACAGAGGGGACAUCAUGAUCACACAUUUCGAUCCCUCCAUCUCCUAUGAGGGGCUGUGCAGUGAGGUGCGGGACAUGUGCUCCAUGGACAAUGACCAGCUCUUCACCAUGAAAUGGAUUGAUGAAGAAGGGGAUCCGUGCACCGUUUCUUCUCAGCUGGAGCUGGAGGAGGCCUUACGUCUCUAUGAACUCAACAAAGACUCGGAGCUCAUUAUUCACGUGUUUCCUUGUAUCCCUGAGAACCCUGGCAUGCCCUGUCCUGGAGAAGACAAGUCCAUAUACCGUCGCGGAGCUCGGCGCUGGAGGAAACUCUACUAUGCCAGUGGACAUGCGUUUCAGGCCAAACGUUUUAACAGGCGUGCUCAUUGUGCCAUCUGCACAGAUCGUAUCUGGGGCCUGGGCAGGCAGGGAUACAAGUGCAUAAACUGUAAACUGCUGGUCCAUAAGAAAUGCCAUAAAUUGGUCACAGUGGAGUGUGGUAGACAGGUAAUACAGGACCCGAUGAUUGGAAGAAUCGAUCCAGGGUCCACUCCAUCAGAGCACGCUGAUCAAGUUCUAGACAAAAAGAACUCAACGGAAAGUAUCAAUCAUGAGGGAGAGGAGCAUGAGGCUGUGGGCAGUCGAGACUCAGGGAAGUCUGUGUCCAGUUUGGGGCUAAAAGAUUUUGACCUGCUCCGAGUGAUUGGCAGGGGCAGCUACGCCAAGGUCCUGCUAGUUCGUCUCAAAAAGACAGACCGCAUCUACGCCAUGAAGGUGGUGAAGAAGGAGCUGGUGAACGAUGACGAGGAUAUUGACUGGGUUCAAACAGAAAAGCAUGUGUUUGAGCAGGCUUCCAACCAUCCCUUCCUGGUGGGACUUCAUUCCUGCUUCCAGACAUUGAGCAGGCUAUUCUUUGUAAUCGAAUAUGUGAAUGGAGGGGAUCUAAUGUUCCACAUGCAGCGACAGAGAAAACUUCCGGAAGAGCAUGCCAGGUUUUACUCAGCAGAGAUCAGUCUUGCCUUAAACUACCUCCAUGAGCGUGGCAUCAUUUACAGGGACCUGAAGCUGGACAAUGUUUUGCUGGAGUCAGAGGGACACAUCAAACUCACUGAUUACGGCAUGUGUAAGGAGGGACUGAGACCAGGAGACACAACCAGCACUUUCUGUGGAACCCCCAAUUACAUUGCACCUGAGAUUCUGAGAGGAGAAGACUACGGUUUUAGUGUGGACUGGUGGGCACUGGGCGUCCUUAUGUUUGAGAUGAUGGCUGGGAGGUCACCCUUUGACAUAGUAGGCAGCUCUGAUAACCCAGACCAAAACACAGAAGAUUAUCUUUUCCAAGUAAUUUUGGAGAAGCAGAUCAGAAUUCCCCGAUCAUUAUCGGUUAAAGCCGCUAGCGUGCUAAAGGGAUUCCUCAACAAGGAGCCAAAGGAACGCCUCGGAUGUCACCCUCAGACAGGCUUUGCAGACAUCACGGCCCAUCCUUUUUUCCGAAAUGUAGACUGGGAUCUUAUGGAGCAGAAGCAAGUGGUUCCGCCCUUCAAGCCCAACAUCUCCGGCGAAUUUGGGUUGGAUAACUUUGAUACCCAGUUCACCAAUGAGCCCAUUCAGCUCACACCUGACGAUGAUGAUGCUGUAAAGAAGAUCGACCAGUCUGAAUUUGAGGGCUUUGAGUACAUCAACCCUCUGCUGAUGUCUGCGGAGGAGUGUGUGUGAACGGCCUGCCUGUUUCUGUUACGUGCAUAUCAUCGCUGCCUUUAUUUGCAUGGUCGCAAACAAUCAGAAAGGAAACAACAACCUGACUUCAUUUUGUUGGGACCAGAUGAAUCAUUAACUUUGCCAAACCUCUCACUUUCUGCCAUUUGUAACCACUAGUCCUUAAGUCUAUUUUUCUUGUUUAUUUUUGUAUCAUGUAAAUCAGCACUGAUGAAAUUUAUCAGUGCCUUUGUGCGUCGACCAACGUAGUUGGAAUGGCAGUUUUGGGUUACUUUACACUCUGCAAACUAAAGGAAAAGAAUGACUGUGAUGGUACGCAGGACAUCCUAAUGCUUAUGAUGUCUGAUACACAUUUUAUUUGUAUAUAUUAAAGAGAAUCCAUUGAGCAUAUAUAGUAAGCCAUUUUUAAACUCUAUACCACAUGGGAUAUUCUUGAAGACUUUCUGAUUAUCUGUUCUGCCUCUCCUCAGAAAAAAAAAGUGUAGCGUAAGGAAGAAAAACUUUAUACUUUGUUUUAUUGUUAUUUUUUAUUUAAGAAUACUGUCAUCUACAUAGAAUGUGCACAAUGUAUUGAAUCAAGAAGUUGUUUUACGAUGAUUGGGCAUGUGGCCUCGCUUUAGAUGGAAGUGGGUAUCAAACUUGGAAGAAUGGAGCAGGGAACACUAAUGAACACUGUUGUAAAUACUGACAAACUGUGAAUGGAGAAGUUUUCUGUAUAGAGAGGGAAAGGAGGGAGAAAAUAGACGUGAAAUACAACAGCUUUCUUCAACGCAGGACCAAAAUAAGACACUAAAAUUAGUAUGUUCCUGUCAGUGCUCUCCAUAGAGAUGAGGGAAAAGUAUGUUUUUACUCUUCAGCGGCUGCAUGUGUAAAGUACUUCUCACUUUUUUCUUUAUUUCUUGCUUUUUGUGUUAAAUGUGAUACAUUGUCUUUCUGGUUAUGAUAUUCCGUUUAUAUACUUUUUACACUGAGCAUCAAUGCACGUGAGUUUGUUGUUUCUCAUUACAGUCACGGAAAAGCU